AUGUCCAGGGCGCGUCGUUUCCCCGGCUGCUGGCCAGUAGGACUGGGAGGCGCUGGCAGGAUCCCUAGAGAAGACGCACCUUUCCCCUGCCUUGGGAAAGCAUCGGGAAGGGCGGGGGGCCGGGAAGACAUGGAGAGGCCGGCGGCCCGGGAGCUGCAGGGCGCGGAUGCUCUGCGACGCUUCCAGGGGCUGCUGAUGGACCGCCGCGGACGGCUGCACGGCCAGCUGCUGCGUCUGCGCGAGGUGGCACGGCGCCUAGAGCGCCUACGUCGGCGCUCCCUGGCGGCCAACGUGGCCGGCAGCUCGCUGAGCGCGGCGGGCGCUGUGGCCGCCAUCGUGGGACUCUCGCUCAGCCCCGUCACCCUGGGGGUCUCGCUGCUGGCGUCGGCCGUGGGGCUUGGGGUGGCCACCGCCGGCGGGGCCGUCACCAUCACGUCCGACCUCGCCCUGAUCUUCUGCAACUCCCGGGAGCUGCGGCGCGUGCAGGAGAUCGCGGCCACCUGCCAGGACCAGAUGCGCGAGAUGCUGAGCUGCCUCGACUUCUUCUGCCGCGGGCAGGGCGGUGGAGACCGCCAGCUGCUGCAGUGCGGGAGGAACGCGUCCAUCGCGCUCUACAACUCGGUAUACUUCAUUGUCUUCUUUGGUUCCCGCGGCUUCCUCGUGCCCAGGCGGGCCGAGGGGGCCACCAGGGUUAGCCAGGCCGUGCUAAAGGCCAAGAUUCAGAAACUGGCCGAGAGCCUGGAGUCCUGCACUCGGGCGCUGGACGAGCUCACCGAGCAGCUGGAGUUCAGAGUCCAGCUCUACACGAAGAGCAGCCGCGGCCACGACCUCAAGAUCUCGGCUGACCGGCCCAGGGGGCAGUUUUUCUGA